CACACAUCCAAAACAGCAGAAGGACCUAGAGAUAAACAUGAAGAGUGGACAAAUGGUGACCUACCUCCUCAAACUCUUCCUGUUUUCUUUCCUGAUUUCAACUUCUCCUGCAAUAAAUGUAACUCAAGAAUGUUGGGAAGACAUCGCUGAAUUCCUGUCUGACUUGAAUGCAGAAAAACCCAAACCAUAUGCAAUCAAAAUGUAUGAUUCAGUUGGGAAAUACAGCAGCAACAUCUUAAAUGGAAAUGUGGACAGGUUGGGAUCUUACACUGAAUGCCUUUCUGCAGAGGCUCCUUCUGGAAAAUUCCGUGGACAGUAUUGCAAACUUCAAUUGCAACAAGGCAGAAUUGAUUACUAUAAUGGAAUCUGUGUUCCUGAUUCCUGCCAAGAAGAAGAAAUUACAGCAUUAGCCACAUUAGAUGUAUUUAAAUACAAGUCCAUCUCCUUCCUGUUGCCUUUCCCGUCCCUCUUUGCUCUCAACGCAACCAUUUCAUUUAACACGGUAGCCAGAUGUGCCAAAGACCUCUCUACCAUAGAUGCAUUCACAGGGGUCUGCUUGUUUAUUAGUGUUUUAUUCAUCAUUCUGCCAGUUGCUGGAACUAUUUACAGUGCUGAUCUCUGGAGGAAGAAGAACAACAAACAGCCUUCAGAUACAAAUUAUGGCAGCACAUCUUCAAUGCAAAAACAUACAUCAAAAACAGAGAAGACACAGACCGACGAAUCCAUAUCAGGGAUAUUGCCACUGGUAGAUGGUUCAAAACAAAGUACCUUGGAUUGCCUUAUGAAGUGUUUUUCCCUGCAAAGAAAUCUUCCAGCUAUUUGGAUGACCCAGUCUUCUCAAGAUGCCUCCUUGGCUCUAAAUGGUCUUAGAUCAUUAAGUCUUUUGUGGAUAAUUUCUGGACAUACAAGCCAAAUGACAGCAUGGCAGAAUUUAGAUAAUGCACUGGAAUUGGAGGCUAAAGUACUAAAAAACCCUAUCUACAUAUAUUCUCGAAGUGGACCAUUUUAUUUAGGUGUUGACACAUUUUUCAUCAUUAGUGGCUUAUUAAGCUCCUGGUCAUUUCUGAAGAUGGUAAAUUGCUCAGGAAAAGAUGUUAACUUUUGCAUUGCCUUGAAAUACUUAUGGAAUCGAUUUCUCCGACUUCAGCCACUCCAUAUGUAUUCUGUGUGUCUUUUGGUUGGGUUGUAUUCUGUUACUCCGUGGGGAGCACUGUGGGAGUUCUUGAAACUUGAGGUGGAGAAUUGUAGAAGAAUGUGGUGGACCAACUUAUUGUUGAUAAACAACUUCAUUGCUGGACCCGAGAUGUGUAAUGGAUGGACAUGGUAUCUUGCAAAUGAUUUCCAGUUUUAUUUCAUAACACCCUUGCUAGUCUUUCUUUCCAGCAGAAGGAAAUGCUGGCUUGUCAUCUCAGGGACUUUUCUCUUCCUGGCAACGUUUACAGCUACAGCUCUGCUUUCAUUCUUCUACCGGCUUCCAGUAGCAAACCCACAUGAUAUGAGGCAAAUGUCCACUGUGAUGUAUUUUCUAGAGUAUUACUCGAAACCUUACUGCCGAUAUGGUCCAUUUCUAGUUGGUGUAUUUCUUGGACUGUUCAUGGAUCACCACCAACCAUCAAUCCUCAGAACCAAGGUUCAGGCUUGUAUUGGUUGGCUUUGUGCCCUGAUCUCCAUGUCAAUGGUGAUUGCUUUGGCCUACACUUUAGAAGACUCCCACAGCUUCUAUUCACCUGUACUUGCCAUUUAUCAAGCUGUUCAUCGGACGCUUUGGGCGAUUGCUGUAGGAUGGAUCAUUUUUGCCUGUGAGGAAGGCUAUGGAGGAUUCAUCAACACAAUACUUUCAUGGAGUGUUUGGAUUGUGGUCGCAAGAAUUAGCUAUGCUUGCUAUUUGGUGCAUCCAAUGAUGAUCCUAUUAUAUAAUGGACUUCAAGAAACUUUGAUACAUUACUCAGACAUCAAUAUGUUCUACUUGUUCCUUGGACACUGCCUGAUGACAUUCAUGGUAGGAGUGGCAUUAACAGUGAUGGUUGAGACUCCUCUGCAAAAGUUAAAGACGUCUUUGGGUUCCAUGCACCAACAUGGAUCAAGGCUUUAGAAAAACAAGAUGGAAAGAUGGGGUAUCGUGCAGACCUCUUCUGGAAUUUCUGAACCUAACCAAAUUGGAGUUUUUUUGUGGGGGAGGGGAAUUGUGCAUCCAAAUGUUGU